CGGGGUCCGGGGAGACCAGAUAUAGUGAAUGCAGGGUCCAGGGAGACCAGAUAUAGUGAAAGCGGGGUCCGGGGAGACCAGUUAUAGUGAAAGCAGGGUCCGGGGAGACCAGAUAUAGUGAAAGCAGGGUCCGGGGAGACCAGAUAGUGAAUGCAGGGUCCGGGGAGACCGGAUACAGUGAAUGCAGGGUCCGGGGAGACCGGAUAUAGUGAAUGCAGGGUCCGGGGAGACCGGAAUAUAGUGAAUGCAGGGUCCGGGGAGACCGGAUAUAGUGAAUGCAGGGUCCGGGGAGACCGGAUAUAGUGAAUGCGGGGUCCGGGGAGACCGGAUAUAGUGAAUGCGGGGUCCGGGGA